UUGUUUUUGCACAUGCAUGAAGGUUUUCAUCCAGGAGUGCAGAGGACCCGAGGCUUUGCGGGCAUGCUGUAGUGCAGCACACCGACUGCCAGAGAGUUGCCCGAGGAUGACCCUUAAGAACGAGUCUUUAACACCCGCCAGAGAUUGCUCUGGGGUUGGAAACAAGAGAAAUACACUGCGCUGGGACCUUACCCCAGAUGAGAUCAGGACUUGGACAGAAAAUCUGAUCGGGACCAUAAAGAAGGUCUACGACGACAUUGGAUCUUUAGAUAUCGAGAGGGUCUCGGUUGAGAACACGCUGAAAGCUUUGGCAAAGGCCAAAUUGGAUUAUGCGUCGUCCCGCCAUGUCCUGGACUUCCCUCAGUAUGUGUCUCCCUGCAAAGAGGUGCGAUCGGCCAGCACAGAGGCCGACAAGAAGCUGUCAGAGUUUGAUGUGGAGAUAAGCAUGAGGGGUGAUGUAUUCAAAAGAAUAAUUGCCCUGCAGGAAAAACACCACGACAAGCUUACACAAGAAGAAAAUAGAUUCUUAGAUCGUCUUGUAAUACUAGGCAAGCGUAACGGUUUGCAUUUACCAAAAGACAUACAAGAGGAAAUCAAGAGAACUUCCAAACUUAUAAGUGAGCUCUCCAUUGAGUUUAAUAAGAACCUGAAUGAGGAUAAUACCUGUCUUGUUUUUUCAGAGCGUGAAUUAGGUGGCCUAGCUGACAGCUAUCUCAAUGGCCUAGAGAAGACAGCAGAUGGGUGGUAUAAAGUUACCCUGGAAUACCCUCACUACUACCCUUUGAUGAAGAGGUGUCACAUUCCUGAGACCAGGAGGAAGAUGGAAACAGCGUUUCACAGCAGGUGUAAGGAGGUGAAUACCGCCCUCCUUGAACAGUUAAUAGAGCUGCGGGCAAAGGUUGCCAACUUACUGGGAUUUAGCAACCAUGCGAACUAUGUGUUGGAGAUGAACAUGGCAAAGAAUGCUAACACUGUGUCUGACUUCCUAGAUCAUUUCCAUGAAAAACUGAAGCCGGUGGGAGACAAGGAGAGGAAAUACAUCCUGGCACUGAAAAAGAGAGAGUGCUCGAUGGCGGGCCGCCACUACGACGGACGGAUCAACGCCUGGGACUUGCCGUACUACAUGAAUCAGGUGGAGCAGGUCAAGUUCGCCGUGAACAAGGACAAACUGAUUGAGUAUUUCCCGCUCCGCGUGGUGACGGACGGGCUGCUGGGUAUAUACCAAGACCUACUGGGCCUCACCUUUACACAGGUGGAACAUGCCCGUGUGUGGCAUGAGGAUGUCGGCCUCUAUUCAGUGCUGGACACCGAUACCGGGGAGGAGAUGGGCCAGUUCUACCUGGACCUCCAUCCGAGAGAAGGGAAGUAUGGACAUGCUGCCUGCUUCGGGCUCAAACCUGGCUGCCUGGGGCCUGACGGCGAACGUCUGCUGCCCGUGGCAGCCAUGGUGGCCAACUUCACCAAGCCCAGGAAAGGCUGGCCCUCUCUGCUGCAGCACCAUGAAGUAGAGACUUACUUCCAUGAGUUCGGUCAUGUCAUGCAUGAGUUGUGCUCAAAGACCGCAUUUUCAGAGUUCAGCGGGACCUUGGUGGAGACAGAUUUCGUAGAGGUGCCCUCCCAGAUGCUGGAAAACUGGGUAUGGGAGAAGGAGCCUCUCAAGAGGAUGUCCGGUCACUACAAGGACGGCUGCCCAAUCCCAGAUAAACUGCUGAACAAACUCAUUGCUUCCAGAGUAGCCAACACUGGUCUGAUGAAUUUGAGUCAGGUAGUGCUUAGUAAAGUGGACCAGUCGCUGCACACCAGCGCUCGUGCGGACACAGUGGAGGUGUUUGCAAAGCACUUCCAAGACAUCAUGGGCAUCCCUGCAACCCCAGGUACAAACAUGACAGCGAGUUUCAGCCAUAUAGCUGGUGGAUAUGACGGGCAGUACUAUGGCUAUCUAUGGAGCGAGGUCUAUUCCAUGGACAUGUUCUUCAGUCGUUUCAAAAAGGAAGGCGUUAUGAAUCCAAAGGUUGGUAAACACUACAGGAGGGUGAUUCUUGAAGCUGGGGGCUCUGCAGAUGGGAUGGACAUGCUGAAAACCUUCCUUGGACGUGAGCCGUGCCAGGAUGCCUUCUUUCAGUGCAAGGGUCUGAUUAAGUCAGAGGAAAUAUAA